UUGGAGAAUGGGGGGUAGUAGGGAUACAGCUAAACUUACCCCAUACAUACACGGGGUAAGUUGACCAUAGGAGACCACUUUUUUGGCAUGCUAUAUUAUCCAGACAGUUAUGUUUGCACUCAUUCUGUUGGUUUGCAGGGAUACACAACAUCUUGAAAUAUAUGCAGAUACACUAGCUAGAGACAAAACUAUGAUUUCCUUGAUGUAGUGAUCCGAAAUAUGAAAAAUGGCUCAACCUCCCCCACUCUCCCCUACUGUUAAACAUUUCUGUUUGUAUAUAUGUAAGUAUUUUUGCCCUGAAUAUAGUUUGUCAGGACGACUUCCUUAAUUUUGUCAAACACAUCGAUCAGACCUACUCAAAAUAUAUUAAACACUGAUAUGUCAAGCUCUAAUUUCCCGUAUGAUUGGACUUCAAGUUGAUUAAUGAGUUACAACAAAGAUUGAGAUGAUGCCCAUGGAAGGAAAAUUGAAGCUAAAUCAUGAGAUGUUUUUAAAGUACCACUGACAUGAUGGCAGGAUGACAGAAAUAUCUUAUAUUUAUACAUGUAUACUAAUUUCAGUGGACAAAGUGCGUAUUCAUAAUAUGUGUUUAUUAUAUUGACGUACUGGAUUGGAGUCACGCACGCCUGUAAGUCAAGAGUCAGGGUAGAAGCUAAAGUCAGCCGAGGACGCUCCCUCUAUCCGCGCAUGCGCUCUCCAACGAGUCCUAUUACCAUGUCCAACCACAGAAAUGAAACUGUUCCCUUGAAAAGUACCUGAUGAAGUGGUGAAGGAGCAGGUAAAGACACACGACCUUUCAACGCUAGAUAAAACUCUCCUUAAUACUUGCUUUUAUUAACUUGUUUUAUGUCUUAUUAAGAAACUUUUCGAGUUAGAGGUAGAAAAACAGAGGAAGCUAACGGCUAGCCGCUCUCCCUCCCUGCCGUCAGUUUACAGAGUCGGUGUCUGUUUGGAGCCACCUGACAACCGCUCACAUGAUUUCAACUACUGCGACCACACUCAGGACUUUACACAAAACAACGUAGUUUUUUUUUCUGAAUGUGUUUCGUUUGUAGUUUGGAUCACUAAAGAUUCCCCCCCGUGGAACUUGUCAACAAAAAGCCUCAAAACAUCUCCAACAUGUUUGGAAAGAAGAAGAGAGCCCCGCAGUCCAGAGGCCAGGGCGCCGCUGCAGCCAAGCAGGUAAGAACUCUGACUCUGAUGGUUUCAGGUGAGACUUACCCCAGGUUAAGGCUUUGAGUGAGAGCAGCUGUCACAUAUGAGGGGGUCUUCUGCUUCCUGGUUUCAGAUGGGGCUGUUUAUGGACCCUGAAGAGAUGAUGGGUAUGGAGGGGGAUCUGGACGACCCGGACCUGGAGGCUGAACUUGCUGCUAUCACUGGAGAUCGGCCUGCUGGUGGGGGGAGAGCCAAGCACAAAGGGAAAAGUGAGACAUGAUUUUGAAUAAAUAGCAGUAUUUGGCACACCUGGACUUGUUUUUGUAGGGUUUUUACAUAUAAAUGUGUUAUACUUUACACUCAGACCUUAUCAGCAGGGGUGUACCAGAGGGUGGCCAGGGGUGGCAUGGUCCCACCCCCGGGAAGAUGUUUGGUGGCUCGUGCUAUGGCUAGGACCCUAUAUGUACUGUUGAUGAAGUUAGGUGCUGUUCUGAGCAUUAUUUGUGGCUAUAGAGUGGCGUUUUGUUGAGCACGUGGCUCUGUGUAUUGCUAUCGUGCGGUCGUUACUAAAGUUGGUAUAACUAGAGAAGCAAGCGGUCGGCAACAUUCAUCUCUUUGACCAUAACUUAAAUUUACGUCAGGAUAUCCCUUUAAGUACAAAACCUCAGAGGUGGGGUGGUGUCAGGCCCAUAGGCAAAUCUGCAGGUGUCCAUAGUCCAUCUAUGUAAGAGAGUUAAUCCUAUAUUCCCCAUCAGCGGUAGCUUCACAUACCUUAACUACAUUCAAACACGAGUAUAUCUGUACUGCAAAGGCCCUCACCCUCACACUGCUUGAUAAAACAUACAAAACACAGCAUUACUCAACCACAUCCAGCCUUUAAAUCACAGACAUUUCAAGGAUUAAUUUGGCUUAACUCGCAUUUUCUGUACCUCUUAUCUGCUCGGGGGGGUUUCCAAAAGACUUUGGAUCCUGGCUGCAGGGAUGUUAAUCCCAUUCAGCAGCAGCAGCAGCAGCAGCAGAGGUCAAGUGCUGGUCAGGCUCGCAGUUUGUGGUUCAGUGUAGCCCAAAUUGUUGCACUGGGAUUUGCACAGGGUAGCUAGCUAACACUUCCAACUUCAACUGGUUUUGGUGCCGCUGUUUAUUUGGGGGGAGGGGUAUUCUUGAAGUUCAUGCAAGAGAAACAUAUAUUGUGCCAACAGUCUCAGUUUUUACCCCAAACAAAGUGACUAAGACAUGUUUCGGCGUUUUUAUUGCUCUGGAAAAGUGUUAAUGUUGCUGCUUUGACACUAAUUAGUGUAUUAAUUAUAUCACUACUACCUUCUCAUGCGAUAUGUGCUCCUGAUCUCAGCUGGAUAUAUUUGUGUCACAGGUCCACUGCCAAUGGAGGACAUCGCCAAGAUGGCCGAUGAGUGUAUGAGAGAUGUGGAUGACGAUGAAGAUGAUGGUGACCUGGAGGAUGACGAGGAUCUGUUGGUUAGUGUUCUUUAUAUUUUCUUCUCUAAUAAAUUUUAUUCACAUAAACAGUUAAAUGAAGCCUGCAGCCAUUCAACAGACAUUGAUUGAUUUAAAUGUGUAAAUUCAAAUUAAACACGUUAAUUAGACAGUGUAGUUAAUUAUCUGAACUAACAGAGUUCUCUGUGUUUUAAACUGAGCAGUACAGAGGUACUUUGUGCUGCAGAAGCCGAGGUAAAAUAAUCCAUUCUCAUGUUUUAAACCUUGCAGACAGGGUUUGUAUUGAUUAAGUUCCUUUUAUGUGAGCUUUGAUUCAAACUAGUGUUAGAUCACAUGAGGAGCACUUUAAACCAGAUGUAUUAUUAUCUUCUUUAUGCCUGAAAGCUGAGAGCAAACAGUCUCACAUCUUAGCUUUUUUUUCCUCUUGAAAGCCACAGUGAGGAAUUUUUAACUGAUUAUGAAACAAACUUAACUUUUUAUAGCCUAAUAAAUCAAGGGAACCCAUCAUCAAGACGUUUACGAUUACUAUCAUGAAGUUAAUAAUGCUUGUAACCAAUUAGAGGGGGGGUAGGUGUCACGUAUUAUUACUGAUAGCAUGUUGAAAAAGGCUUUUUCAUUGUGAGCAAUUUAUUUGACCGUCAUAAGAAUUCAGGACAAGUUUUAGUUGUCAGAAAUGGUAUUUAUGCGAUAACGUUGAAGCAUGCAGUCAGAGAAAAACCUCCAUAAUUUAGAGCCGCUUUACAUGAAUUCAGAUGGUUAAAAGGGGGACAGUAAGCAGACCUGACUCAAAUGAUUUCAAAGGUCAGGAUAGUUAUUAAUGUAGCAAAUCAGGUGAAAGUGUGCAUGAGAUAAUUAGCCAAGAAUAUACCGACUGCUUCCUGACGCACAAAAUGGCCCAAUAGCAGGCGCAGAAGUUAAAUUGGACUAUUGUUAUUCAUGAUUUAUGAUUUAUUCUGCUGAUUUUACAACAGUGAGGUAAGUGUGAAGGUUGAUUGCAAAGAAGCAGUUUGCAGUUUCCCUUCUCCUGAAAUCUGUCUCCAUAUAUGAGUAACAAAGCUGCUUGUUGAUCAGUUGCUCUUGUUUUCCUCCCAUCAGGCUGAGCUGCAGGAAGUGGUAGGUGAGGGGGAGGCUGAAGAUGAUGCAACUGUUUCCUCCACGUCUUCUGCUACUGCUGAGUCUCCUAAAGCCGAAACACCAGAGUCUCCUGAGCCACAGGUACGAUGCACAUCACUCUCUGCUGGCUCUGUAUCCGACGCCUCCAGUUUCUCCAAAUAUGAGUGAACUUCUCAUCCUGGUCUAAACUUGAUAUAGUUGAAUACCUGUUAUCUGCUCUAGAUGAAGCGUAGAAAUAUGAGCUUUAAUUAGAUGAUGCUUAUGGGACCUCUCUGUUGUUCAGGUGCAGCAGCAGCAACAGGAAGUAAAAGUCUCCUCUGCAGCGCCCGGCAGCCUCCAGCACACCCUUGAGGAGAGAUUAACCAUGUAUAAGACGGCCUCCAAAAACGCCAAAGCUGCAGGGGAGGUGUCCAAAGCCCGCAGAUACGAUCGAGGCCUGAAGGUGAGCGUCAAAUCCAUCCUUCAGGCUUAACUUUCCAGCAGCUUUAACUUAAUUAUAAAAAUAUUAUUAUAGACUUAAAGGUUUACAAAUGAUCAAACUCUCUUAGCAGUAAAAGGGAUUUUUCAUAAUUAGGAUUAAUUCCUUUUGACUGAAGUGUUGGCAAAUGAUUAACUGACCCUGAAUAAAGGCUGAAAUCAUGGCUCAGGAGUUAUGAAUCCAGCAGGAGAGGUUGGUGGUCCACCUCUAGGCUCCUCUUAUGUAUGAAAAUAGAUCUUAUUUCCAUGUGUACUUUCUAUUAGGAAGGACAAUAAGCAACACUUCUGCCAGAUGGCGUCACUCAGAUUCAAAAGUUACCCCAACACAGAAGAAGAAGAGUCAAACAUUAAGACAUCCUGAUGUUUUUGUUUCCUCUCCACAGACUCUGGAGUCGAUGUUAGCCGCUGUGAAAAAAGGACGAGCUGUGAACGAGGCAGAGAUCCCUCCUCCUGUCGCCACUGGAGCCCCGAGUGCCCCCUCUCGUCCAGCUGUCCCCCAAAGACCUCCUCCCCCUGUGCCCUCCCCUCCUGAGUCCACCCCUCCAGAAAAGCCAGAGGAGUCAGACGUCGUCACUCCCAGCAGUGAAGAGGAGAAGUCGACCUCCUCCACGCUGCCUCCUCUGAGCAAUGUCCCAUCACCGGAGGAGCCGACAGAGGAAAAAAUGGAGGUCAAACAGCCUCAGACAGACGGUCAGUGAGAGUCACAGAGUAUUUGACAAACACUCGUGAAAAGACGAAUGUAUAAAAUGCCAGAAGAGAGUCCUUCUCGUGAAUGCGAUGGAGUGACUCUUUAUUUAAUUCAGUCUGCAGAGUGGAAACAGCUGUCCAGAUUUCCUUAAACUAAAACAAGGUGUUAAAAGAAGAAGAAAAGAUGUAGAAAUUGCCAAAGUAUGUGCUGAUAAUUGUUGGUUUACCAACACUGAAACAGUAACUAAAGUAAGUUUGUUGUGAUUUGGUGAAAAGCUAAACUAGAAAGCUUCUAGACUUGAUGAAAUCUUGGAGUUUUCCCCUUUUCUAUAAACAUCCACCAGGGUACGUUGAUACUUAAAUCUUCUUCUGUAAAAACUUGCAUUUAUUUUUUCAUCAGAGUCCAAUCUCAGGCAGUGUGGAUGUCUGGUUUCUAUGAGCUUCUCCCUUAGCUAAUAAUCUGCUUAUCAAUGACGGAUGUAUCAGAUAAUUAAGGCAAAGAUGUCGUCAUCCUGGAGAUGAAUGUGGCCUUUCACCACAGUAAUUGUCCUGCGUUUCUUUCCCGUGAAUCCGCAGAAAAUGAGGCGACCAAGACGAUGCUUUUGGAGAGGCAGAAGGAGUACAAGAUGGCAGCUCUGAGAGCCAAGAAACAGGGAGACGUAGAGAAAGCUAAACUUCACUUCAGGACCAGUAAGGUGAGUGGAAAUACCGCAGCACUGAGGGAUUGGACUGAAACAAAGUCCUGAGCGGACAGGGAUGUGACUUACAUGAAUUUGAAUCUGAGAAAAACUUGUUUUUGUGCCUGAAUUUAUAUAGAUAAAUUAUUUCAAGUGAAUUACAGUACCUGAGUUAAAAUGUGCUUUUUAGGCGUUUGAAUCUGAGUUUUUAAAGAUCCAUUUCUGUGUUUGUUAAACUUAUAACUUAUAUAACUUAUAUCAGUCUUAUAAAAUGCUGAGCAGAACAACUCUGACACACGUGCUGGAUAAGAGUCUGUUUUCUCUCCUAUAUGAUUAAAUGAUGUGAUGCACAUUUUCUGCCCACUUCAGCAUUUUAACCCUUUUUCCAGCUUUAACUGGAAGCAGCAUUUGUGCUGUUUUGCUGAGCAGAGGGAAGCUGGUACAGUUGACUUUGAGCAGUAGCGAUUUUUUUGUUUGCUGGGUUACUCUCCUGUUAUCUCUACUCAUAAAUAUAUUCUUUAAAACGUAAUCAAAUGUACAGAGUCACAGUCUUUCAGGUUCUGUUUGGUCUGGACUUGUCACUGUUUCUUCUAACUGAGGGAUUUCUCACCCAAACAUCUGAAGCAUGCCAACUAUGUGGAAGCUGACAAAGACCGUCAUUCUGUUUGGAAUUUGGUGUUUUUUGGUGCAGAGGUUCGAUGCAGUGAUUGAGGCGUUGGAGAAAGGACAAGCUGUCGACCUGAGUGGCCUUCCUCCGUCUCCAGAAGAGGGUAAGGAGCGAUGAAUUAACAUCUGUGAUUGAAACAAGCAAGAUCUAUUUCCUACAAAGAUAAAACAAGUCAAAGUCAGCCUGAGACAUCUGUACAUCAGGAAGCAAACAACAGUCUUCCUGUUGGUAUGUGUUGAAGGUGCAGGUGGAGGCUCUGUUCCAGUAAAAAGUCCUUCCUCCGGGCCAAGCAUAGAAGUCACUGAACCAGUUGCAGCAGCUCCAGGUCGUAAAAGUUCAACAUUUAUUAACCGCAUGUUUUUACUCUGUGUUUGUUUCUGUUGGGUCAUUCCUGUCUGUCUUUUACUUCACUCAUUCAUUCUAAAAACAUGUAAAAUAGUGCAAAGUCACGUUAAUUUUGACAUGAUAAACGCUGUCCCCCCUCAGCCUCCGCCCCUCCAUCAGCUCCUUCGGCUCCUAAAGAUGUGCUGGAAGCUCUGGAGCAGAGACGAGCCAAGUACGUGGAGGCGUCCAAUCAGGCCAAAGCCAGCGGAGACGACCGUAAGGCACGAAUGCACGACCGUAUCGCCAAGGUGAAACAACACAAAACCCUCUUCCUUUUGUCUCUACUGAACUCUUCAGAAGCCUAAAUUGAACAUUGUUGGUCAGGCUUCAUCUUCCUCUAGUUACAAGAAGAAUUUGAAAUGAUGCAGAGAACUUUCUCUAAAAAGAAAUAAGACUUAAACAAGGUUUCAAGGUCUCCAUCUCUUCAGGUCUUCUACUUCAUCAGUUUGUUUCAUUUGACAGCGAUUAAAAUAUGUCUGACUGUCUUUCAAAAUUACAACCUGUUUUUCCUUUGGCUGUAUUCCUCCAUCAGCAUGGACCCAGGUUUGUUCAUGUGUGACCUCUCUCUCUCUCUCUCUCUCUCUUCCUGCAGCAAUACCAGAGCGCCAUCAGAGCUCACAAAGCAGGAAAAGCCGUCAACUAUGAGGAGCUGCCGGUUCCUCCAGGUGAGACGGCUCUGAGAUUUAUGAACUGACUCGUUUGUGUUUUACAAAUCUGAUAAAAAAUGUUCGCUGUGAUCUCUCAGGGUUCCCGCCGAUCCCGGGCCAGAAGUCGACAGGAGCUGAGCAAGGAUUCAUCGCUGCUCUGCAAGCAGCUGAUAAGAUCGCCUCGACUGAUCCUGCUGAGGUGGAAAAAGAGGAGGAUGAGGAGGACAAGGAGGAGGAGGAGGUGAGUGAUCACUAGUAUAGAUGUGUUUCUUCUGGUUCCAGGAUUUUCUCCAACACAACAUUGUGUCAUCGCUUUGAAGGAUAAAUAUGAAGACUUUUGUGCCUCCAAAAGCCAUCUUUCCGCUGUCAGCUAGUUGAAUAGACAUGUUUAAACUGCAUGUUUUUUUCAGUCUAAACCGAAACCACCAGUGGCACCAAAGAAGCCCACAUUAGACAUCCCAUCUGCAAGUCAAGCAAGAAAGAGGACUCCAUCACCUUCACCUGACAGAGAGGGCCUCUCACCUACAGGUCAGUCCCGAGUCUUUGUUUGGUCUCUUACAAAGCAGAUCACAGUGAUUUUAAUUUGAUCUACUGUAUGUUUGUGAGGGUUUAGUGGUGUCAGAUAUCAGGCAGCAGCUCGGUGGUGGUGUAGAGUCAUUAACCGUCCAUCUCUGCAGAGCUUCAGCUCCCUAAACGCCCGUCUGCUCACUCUUCACUUAAAAGCUCUGUCGUCUCUUCUUCCUGCAGCCGUUCAGCAGCUGGACUUCCUGGAGGGCAGGAAGAAGCAGUACAUGAAGGCGGCUCUGCAGGCCAAGCAGAAGAACGACAUGGAGCAGGCCAAGACUUUACUGCGGACCGCCAAAGGCUUUGACGCGAUGAUCGAGGCGGCACGGAGCGGGAAGACUGUGGACAUCAGCACGGUGAGCAGACCGGAGUUUAAACCAUUUUCAGUCAAAGUGUAUUUUGAGCCAUCAGCAGGUUUAAUGCAUCUGUGUUUCACAUGUAGGUGCCGUCGCCCCCUGGUGACGAAGAGGACGACUUCAUCCUGGUUCAUCACAGUGAUGUGAACCUCUCAGAGAAAGCAGAGAAGGUUUACACACAGCUGGUCACCAUCCUCAAAGAGCAGUAUGAGGUAAAGUAAAGCUUUGACAUCUGUAUAAGUUCAGGAGAUCAAAAUGUUCCCUGAAUUAUCAGCCAGAUUUACUAAACGAAAGAAAACAUCUAUUUAUUCUAAAGUAUGUGAAAGAUACUUGAUAUUUUGACUUUCUUCAACUGCAGCUUCGUUUUGAACUAGAUAAACCUAACAUCUGGCUUUUAAACUUUUUUUAUUCUCAAACUUUUUGAUGAUUUUUUUUAUUAAAGGGUGUUUAUAUCAUCUGGGUUACUUGAAAGGCGCUAUAUAAAACUAAGUUAUUAUUAUUAUCAUCUUUGUGGGUUUAUGUGGUAAAUCUAACAAACUAAAAAUAAACAGAAACACAGAUUAUGAAGAGUUUUUGUAAAUAGUAUAAACAAAGACACAGCAGCAGAGUUUAUUACAGCUGCAGAUCCUCUCAAAUCCUUAGAUUGUGUUUAAAAUGAUGGUCAUAUUCAUCCGUUUCCCCUUUAAAUGUAAAAUCUUUGUGCAUUUUCAAACAUGUUAAAGCUCUCUAACUCUCUAAAUCCAACUCUUCCACAGUAUUUCUGAUGCUAAAAAAGGGUUUUGAUUUUCUAUUCCCAGUCUAGUUUUCUCUCUGCAUUGAACUUUUUUUUCCGUCAGAAGACUUUCUAAGACAUUUCUUCUUUUUAACUUUCUGCCUUUCAGAAGUGUAUGACCCACUCAAAGCAGUUCACGCACCUGGGGAACGUCGCAGAGACAACAAAGUGAGCUUCCUGUGACACAACAACACACACACACACACACACACACACGCCUGUUUUCAUGAGCAAAAAUGUAGCUAUUCACGUGUUCAUAUUUGGAUUAAAGGGAACACCAGCAGUCAGCAGCAGUUUUUAGGACUUACUGAGCAUUAGCAUCUUUAAAUGUGUAAAUCUGAACUAAUUUGGUGAUUUCAGAAUGUUUUAUCUUGUCUGUGAAUUAAUCUUAAAACCUGAGUCAUGAUUAAAGAUAUUGUUUGAUUAUUAUAACUUGAUGCUAAAACUAUCAGUUCAUGUGCUUUUCAUGGUUUUGUUUUCUUUUAUUAUAAUUAGUACCUCAGUGUUUAAGUCUGUAAAAUAAAACUGUAUGACGUUCAUGAGUCUCUGAUGAUUUUCGUGCUCCAGGUUCGAGAAGAUGGCUGCGAGCUGUAAGAAGAGUCUGGAGGUUCUGAAGCUGGCUCAGUCCAGAGGUCUGCCUCCCCCUAAACAUCACUUUGAGGAGAGGUCUUUCCACACUGUCAGGUGGGGGCAUGUUGGACGAGUUUUACUUUUGUUUCACAGUUUAAAACAAAAUAUGUUUUUAACAUUUUCUACAGUUUUGGAAACUAUUGAUUCAGAUGUUUUGUUAAAAAAUAUUCAAAAGCAGGAACUUCGUCAUUUUUAACCUACAAGAUGUGAUGAAAUUUAAUCGACAGUUUAGCCAAAAAUCUCUUAUUUGGACAGAAUAUGAUGCUCAGUUUUUAAUUAGUAAAAAGGUGUUAAUUUAACCCUGAAUUUGAUACUACAGGCUGAACUGAAUUUACUGAAAUGUUUGUGAAUGUCGGGUGAAACAUCAGGAAGAAGUCUCAGUCUAAUUCAGUCCAGUUUCAGUCCUCUGCAGAGUAUCCAUGUCGCUAAUAUACUGUCUUUUCUUUCUUUUUCUGGCUCCUUUGUGACGUUUUCAGGAUAUUCCCAGAACUGAGCAGCACUGAUAUGGUUGUUAUCAUCGUCAAAGGGAUGAAUCUUCCUGCUCCAAGUGGUAAAAACUCUUUUGUCUAACCCACAACUUCUCAAAGCAGCUUCACAUGGUGUCUGUAGAGCUGUAAACGGUGAUUCUAAUAAUACAAAGAGGUCCCAGGUUUUUAUUUUGUGUUUUUAGUAGUUUGAAGGGUCAUAAAAAUAUCUAAGAAAUGUUAAAAUGGAAGUUUCUGCUUCUUUCAGCUUCACUGCAGUCUUGUCAAUAAUUAAAAGUUUAGUUAAAAGAGGAAAAAUGUUUUUUAAAAAGAGGAACCUAUUUGAUCCCAAAUUUCCUCCCUCAGGAAUCCAAACCAACGACCUGGAUGCCUACGUGAAGUUUGACUUUCCCUACCCAAGCUCGGUAACUCGACUCAAACAGAAUCUUUUAUGAAUGCUCGCAUCCAUACGAGGAAGACUUCGGGUGACUUUCUUCCUCAAAGUUACGGUUUCUUUUUGGCUCUUUUUUCCAGGAGCAGCCGCAGAAACACAAAACCACCGUCAUCAAGAACACCAACUCCCCAGGUGAGACGUGGACGUCCCUGAGGACGGGUUUUAUUUUUGUUGUGUUGCUUUUUCAAGAGAAGAAGUUUUGAUAGUAUUUUCAUGAAAGUCCUAAAGUUAUCCACCACUAUUUCAAAUACUUAAUAAUCUUCUUGUCAAUUUGUGUGUAUUUUGGUGAUUAAGUGUCUCAAUAAACAAACCGUGAAGAAAAGAAAUCAAGUACAGCAAAGACUGAGAAUCAUCCAUGUAAAAGAGUUUUUAAAAUCUAUAUCCUGUUAAAAAAUCAAUGUCAUAAAAAGUCAGCUAAAAUUAUGUUUUCUUUCGUCAUCUUUCAGCGUUUAUAGCACUAACAUGUUUAAGAAAAUUGCAUUCACUCUUUUUUUUCUGUCUUAAAAUACUCGACAUGUCUGCUCUCUGAGGGCUGCUUGUCCCCUCUUCAUCUGUGAUCUCUCGUCUCAUCUUCAUCUGUGAUCUCUCGUCUCAUCUUCAUCUGUGAUCUCUCCCACUCAGAGUACAACCAGAGCUUCACCCUGUCAAUCAACAGGAACCACCGCGGCUUCAGGAGGGUGGUGACGUCCAAGGGUCUGAAGCUGGAGCUGCUGCAUAAAGGGUGAGUCACCGACAGCUGCUGUCUCUGCAGAGCGGCGUCCUCGCUCACACAGGAGCAGGAUCAGAGUUCGCUCAUGUAUCCUGUCACAGCAGGUGGGGGGAAAGUUACCGUAAAGUUUGGAAUAUAAGCUCCACUAGUUUAAGUUAGGAGCCUUUUUCAGGUCAGGACAAAGGUUUUAAUCAGGCUCCUUCUUGAAGACUUUGAUCAUGUUCAGCAAUGUACAACUUUUACGAAGCUCUGUAGCUCUUCCUCUCUACGGUAAUUCAGAAGCGAGUGCUCCAGUGUUCCUCAAUAUUGAAAUCUUUCAAAACUCAGUUCUGGUUCUAACUUCAGCGUGUUCGUUUUGUAUCACAGCGGCUUUCUGCGGAGCGACAAGCCGAUCGGCACGGCUCUGGUGAAGCUGGAAAAGUUGGAGUCCCAGAGUGAGAUCAGGGAGAUCGUAGAGGUGAGAGGAGAAUAAACAUUUGAUGUUUCUCUUUUACUGUGAAGGAUAUCUUCAGCAAGAAACUGGCAGAGCGGCCGUUUACGCUUCAUUAUCAAUAACUCAGAUCCUCUCGUCUGUCCUGUCAGGUGAUCGACGGCCGUAAGCCCACAGGAGGUCGUGUCGAGGUGAAGGUCCGCUUGCGGGAGCCUCUGAGCGGGAAGGACAUGCAGACGAGCACGGAGCGCUGGCUGGUGAUCGACCCCUCACAGGUACUGCGAAAUUUUUGUUUCUAAAACGAGCGAGUUCAACAUUUACAGCGUGUAACUCCUCUGAUUCUCUCCAAGCUUCUUGUUUAGGUGCUGCUUCAGGAAUAAACUUGUUGAAAAACGAUAAGGUAACUUUUCGCCCUAUGCUUUCUCUUACCCUCCAUCAUGUACUCACACUUUUCAUUAUUCCGGUUUUGGUCAGUAUUUCUGUUGAUUUAAUAUCUGAAUGGUCCAAAAAGUAUCUCAAACUCCUGCAACAUUAACAUCUAAAGCAUGUGUAUUAAAUUGAGCUGGCUGAUGUUUGUUUUGCAGAUUUAGUUUCUCAAUCAAAAACACUCAGAUGAAGAGGAGGAGGAGAAAGAGGAAGACGGACGUGGUAAAGACUAAAGACUCAGACCAGGUCUGCACGGGUCUUUGACUUGUAAGAACUUUUGCACAUUAGCGAGACACCAGAGCUCCUUCUCACGCUGCAGUCCACCAGGAGGAGACACUGAGCUGGUUCAAGGCAGGUCGGCUGGUGUUUGGACCUCGUGUCCUUGGGUGACACCAGCUGAUGGACUAGAAGUUAGUCCGCUUGAGUUGGAGAGGGAUUGAUUUUUCGUUCGUUCGAGUGCGGGUAUAAUAAGCUUAAAAUGCAUCAGGGAGAAGUUGUGUCUAAAGUCUCCUGGAGGAUCUCAGGCAGUGUGUCGUCACGCUGUCACUGAAGGAGCUCAGUGUUGAGCUGACCUGAUCCUGCUGCCCAACACGACUCUAGUUAAUAUAAUAAAUAUCAAAGAAUGUGUAUGUAGAUAUAUAUAUGUUCUUCAUAUUACUCAGCUCUGGUAUCUAGAACUGCACCUAUGCACUAAUACCAAAGUAAUCACUGUUGCUGUAAAAUCCUGCAUAUUUGAAACCGCCUUCCUCUGCUGAACCAGUUACAAUGACACAAGAGGUUACCAUGGUGACGGAGCGUGGACCGGUUUGAUUAUAAUUUCAUACAUGCCAUCUGAUUUUUGAAAACGCAGACAGAUGGAGCACCCUCAUAGGAGUAAGCCAAGAAUUCAUAAUACUACACAAGGUACAAUUACAGAAUUAUAGUAAGAAUAAUUAUUAAAAUGAUACGACCACCCUCUUUUUUUGGCACCUUUUGAAAGAUUUAAGUCACAAAACUAACCGUGGUCACUAAAAUGCACUCUCACUUCAAAGUGUGUUAGAUUUAUUUAUGUUGUGUUUACACUGGGGGAGCACAAAGAAAGAGUUUCAGCUUUAAAAACUUUAAUUUUAAAGCAAAUACCUAUAUUUACACAGACAGUAGGGUGGUUAAAAAGGGAUUUUAAGUGAGAAUGUUUUCAGCUGAUUUAAGCUUAAGAGCUCUGUAAAUAUUUAAGAGAUAAUCAGAGUUAACCUUCUGAGAAAUGCACUUAAUUUGAUUUUUAGGGGAGUCAAAGCAAAGACUUAAACCGCUCAAGACUGAUUUAUAUCGCCUGUUCAGGUUGUGAUAUUUACACUCCAGCAGAGUUAGAUGUGUUUACCCGUGUGUUUGAGCUCUGCAGAGACCUCACAUACACUCACUCACACACACACAGUGCCGUUCCGCCCUGCCUGCUCCAUCAUCUAUUCAUACUGGAGAUUCAGCAUUUCAGGGGUGUAAAUAUCAAACUCUGAGCUGUCGAUAAAAAAUCCCACACUGGGGUUACUCCAUUGCAGGAUCAGAGUAAAAGUAAAAAGGCGGGGCUUCUUUACAAAUAAAAAGGGCUUUAGUUUACCGACUACAAGCAGGAGGAAAAAGAUAAUCUCUGACCUCUAGAGCUUGAAAGUGCAGAUUUCUAUUUCUAUGUCAUGGUGACUUACCUCUAGGGUUGGAAACCUCCUUUAGUCUCUUCUUUGUCUUCCCAAUUUUCCAUUGCUGAAAAAAAAAAAUCAGUUUGAAUGACUGAUUUCACAAUUUGGACGGAGCCAUGAUUGCUGUUUCCCCUGUUUCCAGUCUCUCUGCUAAGCUAAGCUAAUUGCUUCCUGACUCUUAUUAUGAAAAUCAUGGUAACAAUCCUGAUUCUCAAUAUUCAAGCAAAAAAAAAAAGUGUAUUUUCUGUGAGGUAGCCAUUACUCUACAGGGUCAUUCUGCUACUUUUAACCUGGAUGUGAUCUCUACAUAUUUUGGGGCUACAUUCAAAUAGUUCUACCUCCCUGUUUAGCUUUUUCCAUUCUAAUUUUCCUGCAACAUUUUACCUCCCAAAACAAGAGUCAAAACAAGAUCCUGUGUUAUUCUUUGACUAAAAGCUCUUUAUUUACCGUCUGAUGUUAGAAAACACUCAAAAGUUUUAAUAAACACUUCCUUUAUGUUCUCAUCACAUCCCCAAAAUGUGUGAAAAAGCUCCAGGUCAGAAUGAAGAAAUGACCCUAAUGCUUGUGAAAUGUUUUCUUUUUCAGCUAUGCAUCAGAUUUUAAAAAGGGCCAUUUCACCCAAAAUACAGCAGCACUUAAACGUUUUGGUCAAUUCAUUCACAUUGUUUGGUAUUUUAGCUAAACAAUGUUUAAAUUACUUAAUGAGGAGUUGUUUAACGCUAAUGAAGUAGACUAAAAUUCAUAUUGAUGCCUUUUUCAGUCAGUUUCAUAACAGUUAAAAAAACUCCUUACUGGAGCUUUAAUGAUAUUCAAAUUAAAAAUUGAAGAGUUCAUUUGUUUUAGCUGGAUGAUGCCCUUCAAGUGCCUAAAAGGGGAAAGUCUUUUUUGUAAUGUAUGCAUAAUUCAAAGACUAACACAUUACAGGUAAAUUAUUAAACUUAGCGGUUUACCUGUCCAGCUUGGUCCGUUAGAUCUGCUCCCUCGUCGUUUUUCGCUCGGCUACUUAACUCUUGUCCGGUCUACCUCCAUUUUAGGCGCCCGUUAUUCCGCCAGAGUCUCCGGUAUUUACUUUGUUUUCUUUCUUGUGUCGGCAGUCGAGGCCAAAGGAGGAUUCAGACAAUUUUCUGUACUUUCUGGUUGGUUUCUGAUGUCCGAUAUUGUAGCACGCUAACUUUGUUUGGGCUCGUGCACGUUAAUUAAAGACGUGGAGCGUGCCUCACAACACGAGGGAGCAACGUCCACCUCACAACCAAUCAGAUCAGGGGAGGCGGGGAAUUUGUUUAAAUUCAGAAUGAGCGGACCGUUAAAAAUUUAAAAUGUCGACCAGACAGGCAUAAGAGAACAACAAGUAUUAGGGCCACAUUAAGAAAAAAAUAAUUAAGACGUCGAGAUAAAAGUCAUUAAUUUACGAGAAUAAAGUAAUUUCUUACGAGAAUAUAGUCGUAAUAAAAUCUUUACUUACGAGAAUAAAGUCGGAGUAUAACAAUCAUUCGGGAGAGUAAAGUCAGAAUAAAGUCCUCAUAUUCAAACCUGCUGUUUAAGGUGACAGUUGUCGAAAUGAGAGCCAUGGAGUAUUUCAUGAAAAUGUACUUCAAUAUAUGUUUCUCAAACAAGGAGAUACUUUAUCUUUUGGCACAUCAGCACUACAUUAUCAUAGGUAUGGUAGUAGUGGUAGUAGUAAUUGUUUACGACUUUAUUCUCAUAAGUAAUAAUUUUACUACGACUUUAUUCUCGUAAGUAAUUACUAAAUAAUGACUUUGUUCUUGUAAGUAAUUACUUUAUUACGACUAUUCUUAUAAGUAAUGAUUUUACCAAGACUUUAUUCUCGUAAGUAAUUACUUAACUACGACUUUGUUCUCGUAAUUACUUUAUUACAACUUUAUUCUUAUAGGUUUUGAUUUUACUACGACUUUAUUCUCGUAAGUAAUUACUUAACUACGACUUUGUUCUCGUAAGUAAAUACUUUAAGACUUUAUUCUUAUAAUGAUUUUACUACGACUUUAUUCUCGCAAGUAAUUACUCUACUAUGACUUAAUUCUCAUAAUUACUUAACUACACUUUAUUCUCAUAAGUAAUUACUCAAUUAUGACUUUAUUCUUGUAAGUAAUGAUUUUAGUACAACUUCAUUGUUGUUAGUAAUGACUUAUUCUUGUAAAUCAAUGACUUUAAUCUUGAAGUUUUAAUUUUUUCGGUCUUAAUUUUUUUUUUUCAUAAUGUGGCCCUAAUACUCCGUCGUACAAGAGACCACAGCGAUAUCGUGAUAUAUUUCUAAAUAUCAUCAAUAACUAAUAGCUAUUGACUGAUAUUAAAAGCUUUUUUGUAUAUACAUCACACAAAAAAAAAGAUUCUUCACCUUUAAGCUAAGAGGGUGUUAGUGUUUAUGCAUUCAUCAGUCAUCAGAACGAAAAACAAAGGGGUAAAAUCGACAUUUUUGCUUUAAUUUGAGUGAACUGGCCCUUUAAGGUUUAAACCGCAGCAUUGUGAUGAAUGAUAAACAACAAACACACUGAGCCAACCUCAUUUAAUUCAGUUACUCAGCAGGUUUACCUCAGCUUUGUCUGUAGCGUUUGAGUUGCCAAAUAUUUGUUUUCUUCAUCAUGAGUCAGCGAAACAGUGGACUCUCAUUAUAAUUUCUGUUAUAAUAAAUUAAAAAAAAGUUAUAUCAUCCUAUUUUCUGUCUAAACAUUUCAAUAACCUUCAUGUUUACAAAGAUGAAUGAUGUCGCACUGUUUAUAUUGAUGAAAUAAUCUUGAAACAGAAUCAGCUAUUUUUGCUUUGAAUUAUGGACUGAAUCCCGACCUGCUUUAAAAUGUAUCCAUUAAAAAAAUUACCAUUUUA